AAGUGGCCGGGUUCCUUUUGAUCAUUCCUGGCGGCCAUCGGUUUUCUUUCUCGUUUCGAGACCCAGAGGGAGGGAGAGAGAGAGAGAGCGAGUAUAGAAGAGCAACAGGGAAGGAAACGAUGCCUCUCAAAACCGUCGAUGCGACCGUCUCGGAUUUUGAGGAAGUUUUCGAGCGAUUCAAAUCGGAGAACUCCCAGAAUCAACUAAAAUUUCUGCUCUUCUUAGCGAACAAAGACCCCUCCACCUCCCUUAGCUGGUGCCCUGAUUGCAAUGUGGCAGAGCCUGUAAUAUAUGAAAAACUAGAAGCUUCGCAAAGCGAUGUGGCACUCCUGAGAGGAUAUGUUGGAGAUAAAGGUACAUGGAGAAAUCCUAGCCACCCAUGGAGAGUCGACCCAAGAUUCAAGCUCAGUGGGGUUCCAACCCUCAUUCGAUGGGAGAAUGAAGCGAUCAUUGGACGCCUGGAAGACCAUGAGGCUCAUGUUGGAAACAAAAUUGAUGCCCUUCUAGCUAGCAAUUGAUCUUAUUCUCCAGCAAUGACUGUUUUAGUACUGCUCUGAAGAAUAAUAUUUCACAGCUUGAAUUUGUGAUGGUAGACAAUAAACCUACCAAGUUGGCAUGCAAGAAUUUUUGUUUUGUAUCUUUGGAUACUCAAGAUCUUUCAGAUUAAUGCAAAAGCUAUGAUGAAUAAUAUUUCACAG